GGAUUCGCACCUUCUCCCGCAGAUCUCCUUUUAGCCUCUUCUGUACCGACCGAACGGAAAAUUAGGCGCCUAAAGGUCACGUGCAUCCCUUUCCACCCUCCCGCUUUUUCCUCCCUUCACCCUCCAAUUUUCCUCUCUCCGAUUCUUCACUUUCCGACGUUAAUGUCCUCCUCCGAUUAGAAAUUACGUCUCACUCUACUCCAAAGGUUGGUCUAUAUUCGGCAAUGUUCAUUUCUGAAGUCUGUACAGUUAUCGUCCGUUCAUGGUUUUUCUACGGGUGAUACACGAGGAUUCUUUUUCUUUUUAUUUAAUGGCGGUUCUUCCUUUUUUGUCAUCCUGUAAAUGUGUUUUUCAUAAUACUUUGCUCUAUAUAUAUAGUUAUUUUGUGUAGGAUCCAGUAGCUUUGUAGUAAUUUUAGGAAAAAGGAUAGCCGAUCAUUUUGUCUCUACAACGGUGCUAUUGUCUGAAUAAUAGUUUGGAAAUUUAUAAUACUUUUCAAUGGAAGGCACGUUACAGAGUUCAGGAUCAGGCAUGACAUCUGAAAUGGAUGUUAGUGGUGGAAAAAGAAAACUUCGAAGAUGCUUUAUUGGUAUUUCUCACUCAAAAGCAUUGUCAAGGAAUGCUAUUUGUAGUGUAACUUCACUUAGACAGAGCAGAAUUGCUAACGGUGCAGUUGGUCAGGCGACAUUUUUCUUGCUCAAAAUUAUUGCGCUGGAGACAGUUCGAAGAUUCUCAAAGUCUAGGUGUCCUUUUGCUUGGCGAGGUCUUCAAGCUCUACAGAUAUUUUGCUACCCACCAUUUAAAUGGAUUCAGAGAUGGGCACCUUUCAGAGGUUUAGUCAAAGGCAUGCAGAUGUUGUCAAAGCCACUACUUGUCCUAUCAAUAGCAACAUCGCUCUCUGACCAGUCAGAGUCUAUGGGGGGAAGCUCAGAUGGUAUCAAUGAUUCCCCUUCAUGUUCUGAAAUGCACUCAGAACUAUCCUCUGAAAACUCUUCUACAGAUGCAAGUACCUGUGACGAGGCUCCACAGAGUUGUGAAUCUGAAAAUUUGUUGGUUCGUCUCUCUAAAGAGCUGGAAAGUCAGGGCUUCAGUUUGCCAGAAAGACUUAAUGAAGAUGAGCUUCAAAGAUUCUAUACAGCUGCUAAUGGUGACUUUACAUUAUUGUUAUCUUCUAUUAAGAAGACAAUUCGUUGGAGAGAAAACUACAAAAUUCUCUCAUCUUCAGAGCUUGACAUGUGGUCACACAUGGUUUUUUGGCAUGGAUUUGAUCUGAAGCACAGACCUUGUCUCAUUGUACGGCUUGGGCUAGCUUGCAUGAGCUUGUCAUCUGAAGACAGACCCCGUUUUACACAGGCCAUCAUAUCUCAGGUAGAACACGGAGUCGUCGAGUUAGUCGAUGCAGAAAAUCCCCAAAUAACUGUUUUAGUGGAUUGUGAAGGAUUAACUCCUUUUAAAGUUCCCAUGCAAAUGAUGAGAUAUUGUUCCUCCCUUCUGCAAGAUCACUUCCCUAAUCGUCUCGGCUGUUUGUUCGUCAUUCGGCUUCCUCCAGUCGUCCGUCUUCUUGCUCAAACUUUUAUUCAAAUUUUGAAACCUGUUACCCGGAAAAAGUUGAAAAUUGAGGGAGAGACUACAUAUCAAAAAGUUCUUUCCGAGUACCUAGAAACGCUUCCUAGAUAUCUUGGUGGCAAAUGUUCCUGCACUAGAUGUUCACAAAUAGAUUUCCAUGAUAUACCCCGAUUGAAUACAACCGAGACGGUAAACAGAGAGUUGAUAGCUGAUGGAAUUCAUGGAAACAACACAAUUUUACCGUCUCAAAUGGUGUAUGAGUUUGAUAAUCACCUGCAUGAAAACUUCGAUCAAAUGGUAAGAACUGGCGUGAUAAGUGUCCUUAUGUUAUGGGCUUUUGUAGCCGUUAUUGUCAGUGCGUAUGAUCCCGAAAACCGAUUCUUUUUUCCUUUAUGAUGAAGGAACGGCCAAGUGGAAGUUGAAGGAAAAAGAAAAGGAAAAGGAAAAGGAAGGGAUUAUUCUCAUACGUGUUUAAUAAUGAAUGAUAUUGUUGUAUCGUUGAUAGUUCAUGAAUUUGUUGCAGCAGAUUAGGAAUAUUGGACUUCCAAUGUGUAUUUAUUUACGCUUCAUAAUUUCAAAUAAUUGAAUUAAAAGGGUGUCUAACUUGGUA